UACGAGAGGAAUGAAAAGGGAAAGCGGAAGGAGGAGCCGGAGGAGCUGGAGGAGCCGCGCCGAGUCCGCCUGGCCCGCGCGCUCGCCCCCGUGCCCUGGGUCGGGGACGCGCCUACGCUAGCUUCUGCCAGGCGCAGCCCAGCUCCGUCGCGUCGCCCGGCGGGAGGGCUCUGUCACGCAGGCGCGUUCUCGCGACGUGGGCGGCGGCGGAGGCGUCCGCGGCUUCCUGGAGGGCUCAGGGAGACAGCGCGGCCGCCAUUUUGUCUAGGGCUUGUAGCUGCGGCUUGGGAAGGGGAGGCGGAGGCUGGGCUGUGUCGCUCGUCCGGAGGACCCUUGGGUUGCACCGAGAUGCGGCAUUCAAAACGAACUCACUGUCCUGAUUGGGAUGGUAGAGAAAGCUGGGGUCACGAAAGCUACAGUAGCGGUCACAAACGCAAGAAGAGAUCCCACAGUAGUACACAAGAGAACAGGCACUGUAAACCACAUCUACAGUUUAAAGAAGCAGAUUGUCAUUAUUUGGAAGUAAGAUCCUUAAAUGAGAGAGAUUAUCGUGAGCGGAGAUAUGUUGAUGAAUACAGAAAUGACUACUGUGAAGGAUAUGAUCAUAGACAUUAUCAUAGAGACUAUGAAAGCAGUUAUCACAACCACUGCAGUAAAUCUUCAGGCCGAAGCAGGAGAAGUAGUCCAAAAAGGAAGCGUAAUAGACAUUGUUCAAGCCAUCAAUCACAUUCGAAGAGUCACCGAAGGAAAAGAUCCAGGAGUAUAGAGGAUGAUGAGGAGGGUCACCUGAUCUGUCAAAGUGGAGACGUACUAAGAGCAAGAUAUGAAAUUGUUGCUACUUUGGGUGAAGGAGCUUUUGGCAAAGUAGUAGAGUGCAUUGAUCGUGACAUGGAUGAUACACAUGUUGCUGUGAAAAUUGUAAAAAAUGUUGGUAGAUACCGUGAAGCUGCUCGUUCAGAAAUCCAAGUAUUGGAGCACUUAAACAGUACUGAUCCCAAUAGUGUAUUCCGAUGUGUCCAAAUGUUGGAAUGGUUUGAUCAUCAUGGUCAUGUUUGCAUUGUGUUUGAACUGUUGGGACUCAGUACUUAUGAUUUUAUUAAAGAAAAUAGUUUUUUGCCCUUUCAACUUGACCAUAUCAGGCAGAUGGCAUAUCAGAUCUGUCAGUCCAUAAAUUUCUUGCAUCAUAAUAAGUUGACUCAUACAGAUCUGAAACCUGAAAAUAUUUUGUUUGUUAAGUCUGAUUAUGUAGUCAAGUACAACUCUAAAAUGAAACGUGAUGAACGCACACUGAAAAAUACCGAUAUUAAAGUUGUUGACUUUGGAAGUGCAACAUAUGAUGAUGAACAUCACAGUACUUUAGUAUCUACACGACACUACAGAGCUCCAGAAGUCAUUUUAGCAUUGGGAUGGUCUCAGCCCUGUGAUGUUUGGAGCAUAGGCUGCAUUCUUAUUGAAUAUUAUCUUGGUUUCACAGUGUUUCAAACACAUGACAGUAAAGAACACUUAGCAAUGAUGGAACGGAUAUUAGGACCUAUACCAACACACAUGAUCCAGAAAACAAGAAAACGCAAAUAUUUUCACCAUAAUCAAUUGGAUUGGGAUGAACAUAGUUCUGCUGGUAGAUAUGUUAGGAGACGUUGCAAACCUCUAAAGGAAUUCAUGCUUUGUCAUGAUGCAGAACAUGAGAAUCUAUUUGACCUAGUUCGAAGGAUGUUAGAGUAUGAUCCAGCUAAAAGAAUUACCUUGGAUGAAGCAUUACAACAUCCUUUCUUUGACUUAUUAAAAAAGAAAUGAAAUGUACAAUCAGUGGUCUUACUAUAUAACUUCUCUAGAAGGAGAUUACAUAAGACUGUGUCAGUCAACUAAACAUUCUAAUAUUUUUGUAAACAUUAAAUUAUUUUGUACAGUUUAAGUAUGUAAAUACUGUAUGUUUUGUAUCAAUGCCAUAUUUAUCUUGUUAAGCAAGUAUGGUCUUGAUAAUGAAUGUUAAUGUAAAAAAAUUAAAGUUAAUUUUCAUUUUUUAAAAAAGUAGUUACCAUUUUUAGAGGUCUUUGGCAUGGUAACAUUUGUCCAGUGUAAAUGUUGAUCUAGUUUUCUUUGUAAAUAGAGGUUGACUCUUUCAAGUGAUCUUUCUGAGCAAAGGGUGACCCUUGACUACUUUAUUUUUAAAAUGAAUAUUCUUUAUCAAAAA